CACCUCCGCGUUUCGACGGACAGAAGAAUGAGCGGCAAUGCAGGACAAGAUGCUAAGUUCUUCACGAGAGGCAAGAUCCAGGAGUUCCGCACGGAACUGCAAGUCGCAGCGGAUGGCAAGGACAAAAAGUUCGUGAAGCGGAAGACGGCGCUCAAGAAGAUCAUUGCGAAUAUCACAAUGGGCAACGACAUGUCGCCGCUCUUCCCCGACGUCGUGCAAUGUUUGGGUACCCCAUCCAUCGAAAUCAAGAAGAUGGUGUAUCUGUUCUUGGUCAGCUAUGGGCGAACGAAGCAUGAACAAAUACAUAUGGUUAUACCCAACUUCCAGCAGGACUGCAACGACCGAAACCCUCUCGUUCGCGCCUUAGCCAUCCGAACAAUGUCAUACAUUCCCAUACCUGUCGUAACGGAAUCUCUUGCUGAACAGCUACGACACUGUCUGAAAGACAGGGACCCAUACGUCAGGAAGACCGCUGCAAUAUGUGUUGCUAAGCUGUAUACUGCGGAUCCUCGACGUGCGGAGAAGGGCGGGUUUGUGGAGAUGUUGCGCGACCUAUUGCUGGACAGCAACGCUACCGUGGUCUCGAACGCCGUUGCCGCCCUGACUGAGAUCGGGGACAGAUAUGACGGGGUCAUCUUCAAGCUGAACCUUUCCAUCGCCAACAAACUCCUAGCAGCCUUGGGCGAAAGUUCAGAGUGGGGACAGGUAUACAUCCUGGACUCCAUACUAAGAUUUGUCCCUGAGCGGCACGCGGAUGCUGAGGCCAUGUCCGACCGGAUUAUAAUCCAGUUGCAGCAUGCGAACACGGCCGUUGUCUUGACCGCCAUCAAAGUCCUGCUUUAUUUGAUGAACUACAUGGAGGAUCGCAAGCUCAUCGAGCAUAUAUGCAAGAAGAUGGGCCCGCCUUUAGUCACUAUGCUAUCCUCCGGGCCGGAGAUCCAAUACGUAGCACUACGCAACAUUCUCCUGAUCAUUCAGCGUAGACCAACAGUGCUGAGGAACGACGUUAAGGUUUUCUUCUGCAAGUACAACGACCCUGUCUAUGUCAAGAUGGCGAAGCUUGAGAUCAUGUACCGGCUCGCCAGGGAGGAUAAUGCAAAGGAAGUGCUCGCGGAAUUACAAGAAUAUGCCUCGGAAGUCGACGUGGACUUCGUACGCAAAGCGGUCCGCUCCAUCGGCCGUCUUGCCAUCAAAGUCGAAGCGGCAGCGAACUCCUGCAUACAAGCUCUCCUCCAGCUCAUCUCCACCAAAGUCACGUAUGUCGUACAGGAGGCCGUCAUUGUCAUCAAAGAUAUCUUCAGGCGGUAUCCUGGGCGGUACGAAGGCAUCAUCCCUACGCUAUGCGAGAACCUGGACGCAUUGGACGAGCCAGAGUCCAAGGCAUCGAUGAUAUGGGUGAUCGGCCAAUACGCGAACAGAAUCGAUAAUGCGGAAGAGCUACUGGACGACUUGAGGUUCAACUUCAACGAGGAGUCUACGGAGGUUCAGUUGGCAUUGCUCACGGCAGCGGUCAAACUGUUUGUUUACAAACCUCAAUCCCAACAAGCGCAGAAACUCGCGACCGAGAUUCUCAAGGUCUGCACCGAAGAGGUCGACAACCCCGAUCUGCGGGACCGCGGAUACAUGUACUGGCGGUUGCUGGCUAUUGAUGCCGCCGUCGCCAGAGACGUUGUCCUAGCGGAGAAACCGGCCAUAACUACCGACGCGGACCGCAUGGAUCGGGGUGCGCUUGACCAACUGCUGCUGCAUACAGGGACGCUGGGUAGCAUAUACCACAAGAACCCCGAGACAUUCAUUCGCAAUACGAUGGGGAAGGCAUUGGUGGACAGCCCGGCGCUGAACGCUCAUUCUCGUGCUGUGCUCGUUCCCCUAUCGCAACCCAGCUUGCCUCCCAUGUCAAUCAAGGUUGCGGGACCUGGACCGGUGGAGCGCGCGUCCUCCACUGGAAACCCGCGUUCCCUGGCCGAUAAGCCAGCGCCACCGACACCGACGACACAGGAGAAUGACCUGGGCGACGAGGAAGGUCAGGAGAACGGGGAUGGUGAUCAGGAAGAUGACGAGGACGAGGGCCAAGGCACGCAUGGUCAAAGGGCCGCGCUCGCACUUGAUCCUUACGCGGACCUGGACGGCGCGUUUGGGGACGUUGAUCAGCCAAAGUCGGGGCACUCCAAGACGAACGAUGACGAUUUACUGUUCUAGCUUGCGUUAUUCAGUGUAUGGAUACAUAUGUAGGCUUUACC